GAUCCGCCGGACAACAGUGUCCACAGCCACAGGUCGUCCCUGACCGGCUCGCGGUGCUCGUCGAUUCUCUUGUUUUCGUUUCUAACCCGUUGCUAUCGCAAAGACGCGCCUCUAAUACAGCGGUCCGUUUACCAGUUCAAUGGAUUGAUUGACAACGAGGACUUCGACUGCCGCUAUGGAGAAGAAAGUUGGAAAGUGUCUAUUGGACAAUUGGGUGGAAGAGAGGGCAGUAGCUGAUUUAGCGGACGAUGCGUCCCAAGAACAGAUUCAGAGAGACGGUCACCGGGGCAUUUUCUCAAUGAAUCUGGAGAGCAAAAUGGAAGAUAUCACCUCCCUGAAGUCAGCCUACACGCCCCCCGUGGCCCCUGGGGUGAGGGAGCGCGGUAUCAGAGGAGAACUUCUGGCUAAAUUGAUCACUCAGAGAAUAAGUGAGGAGGUGCAUGCAGAGUUCAACCCUGUGACUCCCACCACAGACUUCUCCUCCACCACACACAGGGAUUUCACCGGUGGAGGAUUCGUGCCUCUUCCUCCCACAACCACGAAGAAUCACGAUUACAAAUGCGACCAGGCGAUUACAUUUUGGAGCGAGAACCAUCAGCACAUUCAGAGAACGACUGCAGUUCGAACAACGGACAGCCCUUUCAAGAGGUGCGCUCAAUUCAGCACCCCUAUAACCCAGCAGUUAAAUGACCAGUAACCCCCCCCCCCCCCCCCCCCCCAGACCCCAUCAUAAGCAUAGAAAAGGACAUAUAGCGAUGAGAACCACAAAAACUUCAACCAUCUCACUGCUGCCAAUGGGAGCGCUACUACUGUUAACUUUAUAGCAUCACAGAACAAAGCUUUCGAAAUGUAACAAAUAAAUAGCAUUUGUAACAUGCCAUGGUAAUAAAACAGAAAACCAAAUGAUGGCUAUCCGAUUUCACGAACACUUUGAGUUAUUAAAAGACGAGCACCUCUGAGAGCAUGAGAAAUUCUAGACUCUACGGUUACUUUCAUAAAUUCCCAGAUAAUUACUUAAUUAAUAGAUAGGCUACUAACCUGCCCGUGUAUCUGUCCUGUUUACGCUUCGGUCUGUUAUCAUGCCGUCCCCGGCUUUAACAUUAAACACAGCAAAUCGAUGAUGUUCAAAGAGACUACUACAUGUAAUGAGUCAAUUAUUAUUGAACAAACUGACACUAAGAUAAUUAGCUCAAAGAGAUAAUGGGUUACAGGCGGUAGUGUGUUAUGUAGUACAUUAUGCUCCAUGUCAGAUAUAUAGAUGCAGGCUAGGGGUGCGAGGUAGUGAAUGACACAGCCAGAUGGGCGCUCCUGUCAGUCCACAGGGCCUCGCCGCUGAGCAUCGGUGAUCCAUUGUUUCAUGCUCCGAUGGGUAUGGAGGCAGGUAGCUAUGGCGACCAAGCCAUUUUAGUCUAUAUCAAUGUAUUUCCCGCCCAAAAGCAAACCAGACGAUUAUCUCAGUGUUAAGGAAAGACAAGGUGCUAGAAUAGUAGUGGGAUUUUACAUUACGUCAUACCGAAUGCCGGAGCUUUAUGAGCUGUAUACUAAAUGAGAGGUGAAAUUAUCUUUUAUUUUUAAUUGGUCUAAGAUGGCGUGCGUUUGUGGAAAACUUCUUGAAUUAAUGACAUCAACGAAGAAACCCUCAUAUUGUCCGUGCUUCCGAAUCUAUAUAUUUUGAUCCCAGGUAGUUAAGCCGCAAUGCACACUUGAAUUUGUUCCUUAUCUUUCUGCCAGAGAGCCUCAGAUAUGAGACGCUGUGCAGAGUGACUGCGUUCCCGUGUAUUUAGAAAGCCUGGUGGGCUGUGAUACGUUUAUAGGUCACUUAUCAUGCCUU